AUGAUAAUAAUAUAUGGAAUAGUUAUAGCAUUACUAAUUAUAGUGAUAGGAUUAAAGUUAAUAAAACAUUUAGAUAGAAAUAAGAAAGUAAAUAAAGAGAAUAAAGUUUAUUUUGUAGGCAAGAGAUCUACUGGUAAGACAAGAGCUAUUAUUGAUAUUAUUGAGAAACAAAGACACUCUGAUUUGGCUAUUAAGCCCAGAGAAACAGUACCAACUACCAAAGAUACUGAGUAUAAAUCACAAGACAUUAAAAUUAACAAUUUAAAGUUGUGUGAGUACACACCAAAUAUUAAUGAGCCUGAUACUCUUAAUAGAUUCAGAAUCAAUACAAGAGAUACUUUUAUAUUCUUUUUGAGAGAUCAAAAUGAAUUUUAUCCAAUGUUAGCUGGAUUUGAUAUUAAAUAUGUUUAUUGGAAAAAAACAGAAAAUAAAGAAAGAGAUGAUGUAACUUAUUUAGAUGAAGAUUCUACAAAGUUAUUAGAAAUGAUUUAUAAAAUUAGAAAAUAA